UUAAAAAAAAUAAAAAUAAUAAAUCAUUUAUGUUCAAUCAAUCAAGCAGACGAGAAGAAAAGAUCAUCCAUCGCCAUGGGACAAGUCUUGAACAAGCUCCGAGGUAAAGAGUGGAGACAUAAGCAGGUCCAAGCGAUAUGUGAUCGUGUUUUUGAUCGAUUCAAGAUGCAAACAGGAAGAGCCAAUCUUACAUUUGAAGAGCUAUACAUCGCUGUGCUUCUCGUUUACAAUGACAUAAACAAGAGACUGCCCGGUCCUCAUUUCGAUCCACCUUCUAAGGAUCUUGUCCAGAGUAUUAUGACGGACUGCGAUAUGAACUUGGAUGGAGAAAUUGAUAGGGAGGAGUUUGUGAAGUUUUUUGAGCAGCUUACAGCUGAGACAUUGAAUGUGGUUAGUCAGGGUUUGAUCAUAUCUAUGAUUGUUGCUCCUACUGUGGCUAUCGCUACGAAGAGAGCCACGGAAGGUGUCCCGGGAGUUGGCAAAGUUGUGCAGAAGCUGCCUACUUCAGUCUAUGCUUCUCUUGUGACUCUUGCAGUUAUGUGGGUGAAUUCUGAUUCAAGUUAAGCUUCUCAGAUUGCAAAGCUUGUCACCAAAUAAAUGUGUUUAUACUUGACUAUGAGAAGUUUAUAACAACUUCUUUUACAUCAAAUGUAUUGUUGAACCGUCGGAUAAUACUAGCUUUAUUAAUUCAUAGUUCAAAUUUUGAUGUAUUA